GUCUCGAGGCAGAGUCCAGCUCCUCCAAGGGAGGGACCCCAGCUGGGGUGGAAAACCAGCACCAGCAAGCCGCAGAGAGGCGCCGCGCCGAUCAUGGAGCAGAGCGGCCCCGGCUCCGCGCGGCCGCAGCAGCAGUGGGACCAGGACUCGGUCGAAGCGUGGCUGGACGAUCACUGGGACUUUACCUUCUCUUACUUUGUUAGGAAAGGCACCAGAGAAAUGGUCAAUGCAUGGUUUGCUGAGAGAGUUCACACCAUCCCUGUGUGCAAGGAAGGCAUCAGAGGCCACGUGGAGUCUUGCUCUUGCCCCUCGGAGCAGAGUCCCCGUGCAGAGAGCAGUGUCCCUGGAACACCAACCAGGAAAAUCUCUGCCUCUGAAUUUGAUCGACCUCUUAGACCCAUCGUUGUCAAGGAUUCUGAGGGAACUCUGAGCUUCCUCUCUGACUCAGAAAAGAAGGAACAGAUGCCUCUAACCCCGCCACGGUUUGAUAAUGAUGAAGGGGACCAGUGCUCGAGACUCCUGGAAUUAGUGAAAGAUAUCUCUAGCCACUUGGAUGUCACAGCCUUAUGUCACAAAAUUUUCUUGCAUAUCCAUGGCCUCAUCUCCGCUGACCGCUAUUCCCUGUUCCUCGUCUGUGAGGACAGCGCCAACGACAAGUUUCUUAUUAGCCGCCUCUUUGACGUUGCAGAAGGUUCAACACUGGAAGAAGCUUCAAAUAACUGUAUCCGCUUAGAGUGGAAUAAAGGCAUCGUGGGACACGUGGCAGCUCUUGGUGAGCCCUUGAACAUCAAAGAUGCAUAUGAGGAUCCUCGGUUCAAUGCAGAAGUUGACCAAAUUACAGGCUACAAGACACAAAGUAUUCUUUGUAUGCCAAUUAAGAAUCAUAGGGAAGAGGUUGUUGGUGUAGCCCAGGCCAUCAACAAGAAAUCAGGAAAUGGUGGGACAUUCACUGAAAAAGAUGAAAAGGACUUUGCUGCUUACUUGGCAUUUUGUGGAAUUGUUCUUCAUAAUGCUCAACUCUAUGAGACUUCACUGCUGGAGAAUAAGAGAAAUCAGGUGCUGCUUGACCUUGCUAGCCUAAUUUUUGAAGAACAACAAUCAUUAGAAGUAAUUCUAAAGAAAAUAGCUGCCACUAUUAUCUCUUUCAUGCAGGUGCAGAAAUGCACCAUUUUCAUAGUGGAUGAAGAUUGCUCCGAUUCUUUUUCUAGUGUGUUUCACAUGGAGUGUGAAGAAUUAGAAAAAUCGUCAGAUACUUUAACAAGGGAACGUGAUGCGAACAGAAUCAAUUACAUGUAUGCUCAGUAUGUCAAAAAUACUAUGGAACCACUUAAUAUCCCAGAUGUCAGUAAAGAUAAAAGAUUUCCCUGGACAAAUGAAAACACAGGAAAUGUAAAACAGCAGUGCAUUAGAAGUUUGCUUUGUACGCCUAUAAAAAAUGGAAAGAAGAAUAAAGUGAUAGGGGUUUGCCAACUUGUUAAUAAGAUGGAGGAGACCACUGGCAAAAUUAAGCCUUUCAACCGAAAUGAUGAACAGUUUCUGGAAGCUUUUGUCAUCUUUUGUGGCUUGGGGAUCCAGAACACACAGAUGUACGAAGCAGUGGAGAGAGCUAUGGCCAAGCAGAUGGUCACAUUAGAGGUUCUGUCAUAUCAUGCUUCAGCUGCAGAGGAAGAAACACGAGAGCUCCAAUCCUUAGCGGCUGCCACGGUACCAUCUGCCCAGACCCUUAAAAUCACCGACUUCAGCUUCAGUGACUUUGAGCUGUCUGACCUGGAAACGGCACUCUGCACAAUCCGGAUGUUCACUGAUCUCAACCUUGUGCAGAACUUCCAGAUGAAACACGAGGUUCUUUGCAGGUGGAUUUUAAGUGUUAAGAAGAACUAUCGGAAGAAUGUUGCCUAUCAUAAUUGGAGACAUGCCUUUAAUACAGCUCAGUGCAUGUUUGCUGCACUAAAAGCAGGCAAAAUUCAGAACAGGCUGACUGACCUGGAGAUACUCGCACUGCUGAUUGCUGCCUUAAGCCACGAUUUGGAUCACCGCGGUGUGAAUAACUCUUACAUACAGCGAAGUGAACACCCACUUGCUCAGCUCUACUGCCAUUCAAUCAUGGAGCAUCAUCAUUUUGACCAGUGCCUGAUGAUCCUUAAUAGUCCUGGCAAUCAGAUUCUCAGUGGCCUCUCCAUUGAAGAAUAUAAGACCACGCUGAAAAUAAUCAAGCAAGCUAUUUUAGCUACAGACCUAGCACUGUACAUUAAGAGGAGAGGAGAAUUUUUUGAACUUAUAAGAAAAAAUCAAUUCGACAUGGAAGAUCCUCAUCAAAAGGAAUUGUUUUUAGCGAUGCUGAUGACAGCUUGUGAUCUUUCUGCAAUUACAAAACCCUGGCCUAUCCAACAACGGAUAGCAGAACUUGUUGCCACUGAAUUUUUUGACCAAGGAGACAGAGAGAGAAAAGAACUCAACAUAGAGCCUGCUGACCUAAUGAACAGGGAGAAGAAAAACAAAAUCCCAAGUAUGCAAGUUGGAUUCAUAGAUGCCAUCUGCUUGCAACUGUAUGAGGCCCUGACCCACGUAUCGGAGGACUGCUUCCCUUUGCUGGAUGGCUGCAGAAAGAACAGGCAAAAAUGGCAGGCUCUUGCAGAACAGCAGGAGAAGACAUUGAUUAAUGGGGAAAGCAGCCAGGCCAAGCGGAACUGAGUGACCUAUUCAGGCAGAGUUGAAGUUUACAGAUGGCGUAUUCUGCAGUAUGCCUAGUUUUGCUAUACACUGUACAGAUUUGGUGUAUACUUUGCCACUGCUGUAUUUUUAUUUUUGCACAACUUUUGACAACACAGCAUGAAAUGUUUUUAGAGGACUAUUGCAUAUUUUCUGUAUAUUUGUUUUAUGCCACUGAACUGAGAUUAUCAAUGACA